AUGACCUACCUCUCUUCUGCGCUUGCAGGACCGGGCCCAUCCUCAUGGCUAUAUCGACUUUCCCUCCGAGCACCCCCCUCUUCGUCGCGAGCUUUCAACAGCUCCUCGAAACUCUUUGCCGCCAGUCAACGACCCCGAAAACCCCCUCCCACUCCUCCAAAACGACGAAAAGCUGUACCCCUGCAGUCUCCCAAGCCUCACAAACCUGCCAAAGCUACCCACUCAUCCGACCCUCCUCGCCCCGUCUCCAAAUACCCCAAAAAGCUCGAUCUGCCCAUCGCGAAUGUCAUCUUCCUUCCUCCCCCGCCCGAUUACGAUAUCUCUCCCGUUCUCCAGCAACUACUCGAUGCUCUGGAUGGGGGAAAAAUCGACAUCAUCCUCCCUGUCUGGUCCCAUCUCGUCGACUUGGACGCAGUCUCGCGCCUCAAAGAUGCCCACUUUCGCCAAAUCGCGCAAACGAUCAGCAAAGUCUUGACUCGCCGGACUGCCCCUGAUCUGGGUCGGAUGGCAAUCAAGCAACCGCUAGAGUAUGGGCUCUUUCUCAAUAUGGCUAUAGAAGCUGCCGUCCGACACCAUAUCGGCGGUCUUACCAUGUUUAUGUUUCGCGCCAUGGAGAGAGGUCGGCCGGGCGAUGUCGCCCGCGCCUAUGACCAGACGAAGGCAAAGAUGAGGCUACUGCAGGGGAAAGAUGAGAAGGAUUUGGUCUCUUGGGAUAGGCAGAAGAGAUUGGCGGCGAGGCUGGAAGGUCCCGGCUUGCGUACCCUAACACUCGCCAACGUCGCCGCCCUCACCCUACUCGAUCAAUGCGACAAAGAAGCCCUCUAUUCCAUGCUUGACGCCGAUAUCAACCUCCGUCCCCAGUCCGUCUACAACUUUGGCCCCAUCUACCGCAUGUUUCGACGCAUCUCCAAAGGCGACAAGCUCUACGACAAAUUCCGUGUCAACCUCGACAACCUUCUCCUCGCUGUACAGUGCUACCACCCCCCGGUCUUUGUCAAGCGUAUCGAUGCCUACUCGCAUGCCAAGUCAUAUAGCGGGCUAUACAGCCUGUACGACAAGGUGUUGGAGUCGACGGAGGGCAAGGGGGCGUUCAUCAUGACGAGGGACUUGGAUGAUUUUGCUUCGCAUAUGCGUUUGGCGAGAGAUAUCAGUCUUCCUCCGGUUGUAUGGCUUGCUUUCAUGAGAGCAUUCGAAUGGCACAGCCAGCCCGACCGCAUAGCCGAAAUGGUGGACACCAUCUUUCCCGCUCGCCAACUCCGUAUCAAUUCCUUCUUUCUCGCCCAAGCAAUGGUCCACAUGUCUGUCAUUUCCUCCCGCCGCGGCCUCUCCCGCUCUAUUCAAGCAAAGGCUCGAGCUUGGGUGGACGAGUACUGGCGCCGCCUGACCAGCAACGGAUGGCAUAUGGAAGAUCAAGUGUUUAGUCGGCGGGUGAAGAGUCUUGCGGUAUUGAUCAAAAAGGAGAGGAGGCUAGAGGGAGAGGUGGACAACCUGUAUGAGGCUGCGAAGGCGGGACAUCUGGGCAAGAUAGGACCGAAGACGAGGGCGGCGUUUGUCGAGAGCUUUAUGGCGGGGAGAAACCUGGCGCGCGCCCUCGAAGUCUUCUCCGCCUUCCCCCACAACCCCUCCUCUUUCCGCCCCAACGAAUGGUCCAAGAAUGUGGCCGAACACGACUUUACAGAAGCCACCGGUCAAUUCAUUCGGUUUCUGGCAAUGUGGAAGUGGGAUGAUAAAGUGCCCAUGACCUACUGUCGCUAUAUCCUCGCCAUCAUUGCCGAGAACAAAGUCCCAAUCGAACCUCGUACCCUAGGCCCCCUCCUCUCUAUCCAAAUCAGCUCUGGCCUCCCCAUCAUACCCACUGUCGACGCCAUUCUCUCCGUCCUCCCCACUCGCGACAUGCCAACAAACGCCAUGGUUCGCUGGACCGAGGUUCUCGCUGGCAUGCUCACAAAGUGGACGCAUGUCUCUACGCCCAACGCGAGGGAGCUCGAGGCGGGGCUGUACAUUCUCCAGCGGGCGAGUACUGAAGAGCUGUAUGGAAGGAAGAGAAUCAGAGAGUACGAUAUGUGGACUCGCUACCUCCGCCCAGCAGCAAAGACAGACCAAGUCGACAACACUACCCGAUCAGCCUUCAUCGACGCCGCCAUGGACUGUUUCCCCGGUGGCUAUUCUGCCAUGUCGACGUUCCUUCACUUUGAAAUCAUCCACACUCUACUUAUGCGGCCCGAUCGACUCGGUUUCGGCGAAGGCUGGAAACGCUGGAACAGUCUUUUAGCCGACCGCCAAGUCGAGCCAGAAUGGUACGACCGUAUGCUUCGCCUCCUUCUCCUCACCGAUCGCACAUUCGCCCCCCUCAUCGUCAAAUCAGCAUUCGCAGCAUCUGCUGUACCCGCCGACCAGGCGUUCUGGCUGCGCGCCGAAGACGCUGGGUUGAUCAGAGAGUUGGGGCUGGGAGAAGAGUUGGAAAUCCGGAGACAGGAGAUGGCGGGCUGGGAGAAGGGCUGGGUCGAUACGCUCGUCAGGUACGGGAGGGAAGAUGGAGACGUCGUGCUUCCGGAGGAAUCGAGAAAGCUACAGGAGAAGGAAGAGGUUGGAGAAGAAGCAGAGCCGGAUUACGAAGUCGAGUAUGAGGCCUAG